CCACUCCCCCUGUUCCCCAGUCACAAACGCGCAGAGGCUGUUUCAGCGGCAACUCAGUCCAAGAGAGAAAGAAAGAAAAAAAGUCUGUGGAAUUGGAACAUCAUGUUUUUGAGAGUUCUGAGCUCAAGCUUUUGUAUUUCUCUGCACAGGAAGUGGGAAAUUUGAAGAAAAGCCUAGUCUGGAACAUUCUGAACAUUAUCAACAGGCGCAAAAGAGGGGAGGAGACUAUCUCUGGAACAACUCUCUUCGAAGCCCCACUGCUGCUGCCCAGAGAGAUACUGCUUCACAAGGACCUGUCAACAUACCCUGGAGCAGUCAGAAAAGCCGUAGAGACAACUAACAAGUAACAGACAGAACAACAAGGAAGAGGGAGUCACAGAGAGAGAAACAAGAGAAAGAGUGAGAAUAGUGGGGGUGGAGAAGAUGGAGGCCUUGCUUCCUGUUCUGCAGAGAUACCCAGGCCUGUCUGUGGUCAUGUGCUCUCUCAUGUUCAGGGUGGUCCACAAGCUGUUGCAGAACCUGCCUGUACCCAAAGUGGUGGCACAAGAUGAUUUCCGCUCAUGGAAAUGGAAGAAUCUCUCAAUAUCGUUGGUUCACUCUUCUCUCACAGGGACGUGGGCUGUGACCUGUGUGCUCCUUUGGCCAGAGAUGCUGCACAACAUCCACUCCUUCUACACCCCAAUUUCUUACCUGCUCAUCUGUGUUUCAUCAGGAUACUUCGUGCAAGAUGCAUGUGACAUUAUCCUAACUGGACAUGCAAGAGGAUCAUGGGAAUUCCUAAUUCACCAUGUGCUGGUGCUAUGGUGUUUCCUGUAUGCCCUGUACACACAGCUGUAUGUGGCUGGUGCUGUGGUGGCUCUCUUUGUGGAGGUCAACAGUGUCACCCUGCAUCUCAGGCUCAUGCUGAAGUUAGCCGAAGCCCAGUUCUCUGAUUUCUAUUACAUUAACAAGAUGUUAAACCUCUUCACCUACGUAUUCUUCCGCCUUAGCGCCCAGUUUUAUCUCACAUGGUACAUUGUGAAAAAUUACUCCUGGCUGGACCACGGUGGCUACUUUCUUAUCACCAUGAUCCUGAUGAACCUCAUGAUCCUGAUCUACUUCUACCGUCUGAUCCGAGCAGACUUCUUCCCACGCAAUAAGGCUCUCUCGGCACAAAAUGGCACCCAUUUAAACAACUCUAAAAAGUUUCUCAAUGACUGACCAAGCUGGCAAUGUGACUGAUUCACACAAACCAGUGUGUCGCCGUUGUUGUGGGUUUGGUGGUGUUUUGUGUGUGUGUGUAUUCUGUAACUAACAUCGUUUAUCAAAUGAAACCUCACACACUGUUGUUUUUGUCACUGUGGGUCUGUAUAGGGGUCUAGUGGUGCUGCCAAAAGCAGCCUUGAAAUGGAGGGGACUGCGGUACAUCCCUUGGCGUGACACUUCUCUGUGCGAUGCCUUUUGUGGCUAAAGAAAAGCUGGGCGGCAACCACAUUGCUGGUCACAUGGCAACAUCAGAUACUGAAGCACGUACUUACAUUGUCUAGGAAUGUCCAAAUGCUACCUAAGACUCUUAUCACAUUACAGUACUAUAUGACUAUACAUUUUGUGUGGGAUGCUCAUUAACGUGAUAAACCUGUCGUUAACAAUGUGAUGCCAUAAAAAGGGGAACAAUAUUGCCAAGCUAUUUCAUGGGGAAUAGCUCAGAAGAGAACAUCAAAGUGAACCACUUUCCUCAGUACAGUACAAUCAAUAAGCUCUGGUUGGUGUGAAUUUGAACGUUUAAGGGAAAUGUAUAGUUUGUUUUGGUCAAUACAUAGAUGAUCAGUAAUGUGAUUAAUCAUAAAGUACACACUUGAAUGCCUUGAACAUUUCUGGGAAUCACACUUCAUCACACCAAAUUCAUAAAAAAUACAGACUAGAUCCCAGCAACAUUACAUUUCAUUACAUUUAGUCAUUUAGCAGACGCUCUUAUCCAGAGCGACUUACAGUAAGUACAGGGACAUUCCCCAGAGGCAAGUAGGGUGAAGUGCCUUGCCCAAGGACACCACGUCAGUUGGCACGGCCGGGAAUCCAACUGGCAACCUUUGGAUUACUAGCCCGAUUCCCUAACCGCUCAGCCACCUGACUCCCAUACAUAUACUAUAUUAGUGUCCUUAUCAUAGUGCCUUUCCAAUAUACUUUAAAUGUGACUGGGAUGAACCCAGAAAUCUCCUGAGCAACUGAAUCAAAAAGGGCCCUGUGAGAUAUGGGGUAAGCCUAUUGCCAAAUUAGUUAUUUUUUAUUUUUUACCAAAUAUUAGUGGGCCUAUAUGGAGAAUGUAGUUGACUGUCAGAAUUUUCUUUCGAAGUAGCUUUUUUGACUCAUGUUUUAGUGCCUUGAUGUGCCUUAAUUGAGCUUUUGGUUUAUUUAAUGCGUAUUGAUAUGUUUGACCAAAUAAAAUUAUUAUGUGUCGAGGAA